AUGGAUAAUGAAAAAUCACCAGCAGAAUACUGGCACCAAAAAGAUGAGUUUUGUGUCAGUGUAAGAGCAAGACUAUAUCCCUCCUGGACCAGCCUCUGGGCUCUGCACGCGGUCAUUACAAGGAGCAACCCCAUAGCAGGGUUUCCCCCUCCACCCCUCACCCCCCGCUCAUCUACUUUGCAGCAGUUACGAGGGAAUUUGUGGUUGGUGACGCGCAGCCUUAAGAGCCACCUGCAGCGCUUGGCGCGCCAGACUGGGGACGGAUCUGCGGGCUCCGAGCCCGCAGCCGCCGGCCUGGGGGACCCCUGUGGCACGGGAGGCCAUGCUGGUGUUCUGGCUCCAAGGCGGCCGCGGCCAGCUACGGCUGCUCGCCAGUCCCCUGAGAAACUCCCCUCUCUCCCGGGUCCAUACCCGCCUGGGGGCACUGUGUGGCCGCGGGAGUUUGGCGUCCUGGGUCUGGUGAGAGGAAUCGGACUCCGAGUUGUAAUUUCAGCAAUGGCAUUUGGAUUUAUUGAAAGCCAAGAACCACCUCUAAUAAGGUGUACGUUAAUUGAAAACAAGAUCAGUGAUUCAUCAAUAAGGACAUCAUCAACAUCUAUGUUUUAUUUCCUGUUUUGCAGAGGAAUUGUUUCCAUAGUCAUUUUGAAAAUGACAGAAAUUCAAGCUGGAGAAUAUCUACUUUCAAUUCAAAGUGAAGCUAUGAAUUAUACUGUGAUGUUUACAGUGAGUCUAAGAAGAAAACUUGGAAAGCCAUACUUUAGAAAAAUGGAAAACCAGAAUGCAUUAGUCUGCAUAUCAGAAAGUUUCCCAGAUUCAGUCAUAGAGUGGUCUUUUUGCAGCUCACAGAGUAAAAGCUGCCAAAGAGAAAGUCAAGUGGUCAUUAGAAGGAAGGAAAGAGUACUUGACGAUUUAUUUGGAACAGACAUAUGGUGUUGUGCAAGAAAUGACUUGGGCGAGAAAUGCACAAGGCUGUUUACACUAGAUCUAAAUCAAAACCCUGGAUCAACUUUACCACAAUUAUUCAUUAAGGAAGGAGAACCUUUGUUGAUAAGAUGCAAAGCUACUUAUGAAAACUAUGAAUUUGGGCUUGCCUGGAAAUUAGAAAACAGGACAUUAAAAGAGGAUAGCCUUUUUAAGAUGAGCACCUAUUCAACUAAUGGGACUAUGAUUCGGAUUCUGUUUGCUUUUGUGGCAUCAGUAGGAAGAAGUGAUACUGGGUGUUAUACUUGUGCCUCAUCAAAGCAUCCCAAUCAAUCAGCUUUGGUUACUGUAUUAGAAAAAGGAUUUAUAAAUGCUUCCAACUCAAGUGAAGAUUAUGAGAUUGAUGAACAUGAAGAAUUUUGCUUCUCAGUACAGUUUAAAGCAUAUCCACAAGUCUUUUGCACAUGGACCUUUUCUCAAAAGUCAGUUCCUUGUAAACAAAAUCUCAAGGAUGAAUUCAGUGUAUCUGAGUUCUGUGACCAUAAGAACCAGCCAGGAGAAUAUACCUUCCAUGCAGAAAAUGGUGAUGCUCAGUUUACAAAAACAUUUACACUCUAUGUAAAAAGGAAACCUCAAGUAAAAAUGGACACAUCAGCAAAUCAGGCUUUUUGUUACUCUGAUGGUUACCCUCCACAAUCUUGGACCUGGAAGAAGUGUAUAGACAAGUCUCCCAACUGCACAGAAAUCACAGAAGGGAUUUGGAAUAAGAGAGCUAACAGAAAAGUGUUUGGACAGUGGACAUCAAGUAGCACCCUAAAUCUGAGUGAGCACUACAAAGGACUCCUGGUUGAGUGCUGUGCCAAUAAUUCACUGGGCUCCUCCUGUGACUCAAAGCUUCUCAGCAUCCCAGGAUUUUAUUAUAUCAUCCAGGACAAGGUUUCUUUCUAUACCACCAUUGGAUUUUGUCUUCUCUUCAUUGCUGUCUUGUUCACACUCAUUUCUCACAAGUACAGAAAGCAAUAUAGGUAUGAAAGUCAACUGCAAAUGGUACAAGUGACUGGCUCUUCGGAUAAUGAAUACUUCUAUGUAAAUUUCAGAGAAUUUGAGUAUGACCUCAAGUGGGAGUUUCCAAGAGAAAACUUAGAAUUUGGACAGGUCCUAGGCUCUGGUGCCUUUGGAAAAGUGAUGAAUGCUACAGCUUAUGGAAUCAGUGAGACUGGAGUCUCAAUCCAAGUGGCUGUCAAAAUGCUGAAAGAAAAAUCUGACAGCUCAGAAAAAGAUGCUCUCAUGUCAGAGCUCAAGAUGAUGACUCACAUUGGAAACCAUGAGAAUAUUGUGAACCUAUUAGGAGCCUGCACACUAUCAGGACCAAUUUAUUUGAUUUUUGAAUACUGUUGCUAUGGGGAUCUUCUAAAUUACUUAAGAAGUAAAAGAGAAAAAUUUCAUAGGACGUGGACUGAAGUCUUCAAACAGCACAAUUUUAGCUUUUAUCCCACUUUCCAUUCAAGUUCCAGAAUGCCUGGUUUAGGAGGUCUUCACAUAAGCCAAGAUAUAGAUCUGACCUCUGGAUUCAACGGGAAUUCAUUUUAUUCUGAAGAAGAAAUUGAAUAUGAAAACCAAAAAAGGCUGGUGGAAGAAGAGGACUUCAAUGUGCUUACAUUUGAGGAUCUUCUCUGCUUCUCUUACCAAGUUGCCAAAGGAAUGGAAUUUCUUGAAUUAAAGUCGUGUGUUCACAGAGACCUUGCAGCCAGGAAUGUCCUUGUAACUCAUGGGAAAGUGGUGAAGAUAUGUGACUUUGGAUUGGCCAGAGACAUAAUGAAUGACUCCAACUACGUUGUCAGGGGCAAUGCUCGGUUACCUGUGAAGUGGAUGUCUCCUGAAAGCCUAUUUGAAGGCAUAUAUACAAUUAAGAGUGAUGUCUGGUCCUUUGGAAUAUUGCUCUGGGAAAUAUUUUCUCUUGGUGUGAAUCCUUACCCUGGCAUUCCAGUAGACAACAAUUUCUACAAACUCAUACAAAGUGGUUUUAAAAUGGAUCAGCCAUUUUAUGCUACAGAAGAAAUCUACUUUAUAAUGCAAUCCUGCUGGUCUUUUGACUCCAGGAAAAGACCAUCUUUCCCACAUCUGAUUUCUUUUCUGGGGUGUCAACUGGCAAAUGCAGAAGUUGCGAUGUAUCAAAAUAUUGGAGAUGGAAUUUCUAAACCUUUGUCCAGUUACCAAAACAGGUCAUCUUGCAGCAGUCUUGUCAGUCCAGGCCAACCCCCUCCUCAGACUCAGGAUAAAGACUCCUAGAAAAUCAACUAAGUCUUCUUGCCUUCGCUCUCAAAUGUUUAUGCUGUCUGUAUUUGCCAAAAGGAGGCUGGUGUAAUCACUAAAGCAAAAUGAAUUAUCAGCUGCUGCCAUGUUGGGAUGUUCUCUAGAAGAUCAGACGGGGUUUGCAUUUAUUUUAAAGGAAACUUGUUUUUUAAAAAAAGACAAAAAGAAAAAAAAGAGAAUCAAGGAAAACUGAACAGUUAUUACUUAGUUUGUAAAAGUACUUUCAACCAAAGGCCUUCCCAUGAUGCCUAUGUGGAAAUUACAUACUUGAAUUAUCUUGUGUUUUUGUAAAUAAUUAAAAACAUUUUAUUAAAUGCCUAAUAUGAUUUUUAAGCCAACUUUGAA